GAAUGAUAGCAAGAAAAAAGUUGCCUAAAAUUACAAUUGCGUGGAAAAAAAGAAAACCAUUGAAAAAAAAAAAAAAAAAAAGAUAUUUUCACUGACUAGAUUAUUUUUAUUUAUUUUUGGAAAGUCUGAUAGUAGUUCUGGUGCGUUGAAGUAGUUUUCUGCAGAACUUUGCUGUGGCCAUGGAUAAGAAAAACAAUCCAAGACACAUGGUACUUGUUCUUUUCGUGUUCCUAUUUCUGAAGGCCCAUACAUGCCUUGGUGCGGAUUCCAUCUCUGCAAACCAAUCCAUAUCCGGUGACCAAACCAUCGAGUCCGCUGGUGGGGUAUUUGUCUUGGGAUUCUUCAAACCAGGUAAUUCUUCAAACUCCUAUUACAUUGGCAUUUGGUACAAAGAAAUUUCAGAGCAUACCAUUGUUUGGGUGGCAAACAGAGAGAGACCAAUCUCCGACAGAUUUUCAUCAGGGUUAAGAAUCUCAGAUGGUAAUUUAGUACUGUUCAAUGAGUCCAAAAUCCCAAUUUGGUCAACAAAUAUUGUGAAUUCAAUUUCUUCCUACUCUGUACAGGCUGUUCUUCAAGAUAAUGGGAACUUUGUCUUAAAAGAUGGAUCCAAUUCGCCAAGAAUUCUAUGGCAGAGCUUUGAACAUCCAACAAACACUUGGUUACCUGGUUGUAAAUUCGGAUACAACAACAUGACCAAAACAAACCAACGUCUCGUUUCAUGGAAGAAUUCAGAAGAUCCAUCCCCUGGACUAUACACUCUUGAGCUAGACACCUCUUCAAGCACGUACAAAAUACUAUGGAAUAGGUCUAAGAAUUACUGGAACAGUGGACCUUGGAAUGGACGGAUUUUCGAUACGGUCCCUGAGAUGAACUCCAAUCCCAUCUUCGAAUUUACAUAUAUAACCAACAUCAAUGAAAGCUAUUUCAUCUAUUAUGUCAAGGGCAACUCUACUAAGUACCCUCGAGCCGUCAUGGAUGUUUCGGGACAGCUUAAGCAGCUAAAUUGGUUGCCAACAAAACAAUGGAAUGCGUUUUGGUCCCAACCGAGACAACAAUGUGAAGUUCCUUAUUUUUGUGGGGCAUAUGGAAUCUGCAACGAAAUGUCUCUGCCUUUCUGUAACUGUUUGAUGGGGUUUGAGCCAAAGUUGAAAAGCUUUUGGGAUUUGGAAGAUUAUUCCCAUGGCUGCCAGAGGAAAACAAAAUUGAACUGCGAGAACAUCAAUGAUACUGGUAACGGUAAGAGGGACAAAUUCUUAGAAAUGUCUAGCAUGUCAUUGCCUGAAGCUCAACAGUAUGUCACUGCAGGGAGUGAAGCAGUAUGUAAAGCAAUCUGCCUAAAUAACUGCUCUUGCACAGCUUAUGCUUUCGACAGCAAUAAAUGUUUGAUUUGGGUUGGAGAACUCUUAAAUCUGAAACAAUUCUCAGCAGGUGAAAGCAAAGGAGAAAUUCUGUAUGUUAGGCUAGCAGCUUCAGAGCUACGGAGUUCUAGGAAAAGCAAUGGAAGAGUUAUUGGUGCUGUUGUGGGUGGAGCUUCAGGAUUAGCAGUUUUGCUUGGCCUAAUUAUUUUAGUAAUCUUGAGACAAAGAAAGAAAAUAUUUUCGCCUGGAAAAGCAGUAGUGGAGGGCUCUUUGGUGGCUUUUGAUUACAGAUACUUGCAAAUUGCAACGAACAAUUUCUCAGAAAAAUUAGGAAGAGGAGGAUUUGGUUCAGUUUUCAAGGGGAAACUAAACGAUUCAACUGUCAUUGCAGUGAAGCAGCUUGAAAGCGUUAGCCAAGGAGAAAAGCAAUUUCGGACAGAGGUAAGUACACUUGGGACAAUCCAACAUGUUAAUCUUGUUAGGCUCCAUGGGUUCUGUUCUCAAGGUAGUAAAAAAUUGUUGGUCUACGAUUACAUGCCGAACGGCUCUUUAGAUUCUCACAUUUUCGAAACCAAGAAUUCAAAAGUGUUGAACUGGGAAACAAGGUAUCGAAUUGCUCUGGGAACUGCAAGAGGGUUACGUUACCUCCAUGAGGAGUGCAGAGAGUGCAUAAUCCACUGUGACGUUAAACCUGACAAUGUUCUUUUAGAUGCUGAAUUUUGUCCAAAAGUGGCGGACUUUGGGCUGGCAAAACUUGUGGGAAGGGAUUUUAGCAGAGUCUUGACAAGUAUGAGAGGGACAAGAGGUUAUCUUGCACCAGAAUGGAUUUCAGGAGUAGCCAUAACAGCAAAAGCUGAUGUCUACAGCUUUGGAAUGAUGCUUUUUGAAUUUGUAUCCGGAAGAAGAAAUUCAAAGUACUAUGUUAAUGGCGACGUGAGUUUUUUCCCAACUUGGGCAGCAAGCAUAAUAAUUGGAGGAGGAGAUGUUUUCAGCCUUUUGGACCCGAGGUUGGAGGGGAAUGCUGAUCCGGAAGAGCUUAUUAGAGUUUGUAGAGUGGCUUGUUGGUGCGUCCAACGUGAAGAAACUCAAAGGCCUUCCAUGGGCCAGAUUGUUCAAAUCCUAGAGGGAAUUUUAAAUGUGAACUUGCCUCCACUUCCAAGAUCUUUCCCUGUUUUUGUUGACAACUCGGACCCGGAGUAUAUCUUGUUUACAGAAUCAUCCUCAAGCCGUAGCAUUCUCAGCCAGGAAACGGUGAUGUCCACUGCUACAUCUUGAGUAAACCUUGAGAAGAUUUCAAUUUCAGAUGAGAAUAUAUGUAAAUUAUUGCUUUUCUUAUAUUUCUUUAUAUAUAACCUGCUCUGUUCCAUAGUAUGAUCUUAGUUUAUUAUAUUGUUAAUUGAAUUCUGGAGUAUGUUUCAUUAGCUUACCUAUGCCAAAAUUUUACUAGCAUAUUA